UUUAAAACACGAGGUUAUGUUCUCAGCCAUGCUAAUAUUUCGAACACAAUCUAUAAAAAUUCAAUAAAGUGGUUCUGAGAAUACAUUUAAUCGUUCUUUUAUUAAAUUAGUCACUGAUAUACCCCCCGAGUUUGUGCCAUAGUGGUAGAUUCCGGCAGAAAACCCGGAAGACUUUGACGGGACGCACACGCGCUUCUUUUGACAAGGGAGCGUUCUGAGAUAAAGGCUCCACCAAUGCCCUGAGGAGAACAGAGCCCUGACAUUUUAACUGAGACUGCCUCCCAUUUUUCUUCAACAAAGAGGAUUCGGUUCUGUGUUUUAUUUUUAACGAGGGGACCGCCUUGCGCUCUGUUCCACUUGUAUAUUGUGAAUGAAUGUACUGUAUAUGGGAGAAAACACAGACAAGACUGAAAAAGCAGUUUCUGCUCUUGCACUCCUCUAUAAAAGAAACUGCUGUAUUUUAAGCCAAAAGAACUGUUGUGUUUGAUGGAACAAUAUGUCUAUAUGCUGCCAUAGCAGAUUCAUGGCGCAUGAAGCGCCCAAACUAUUUUUAAUUUGUCCGUUUUACCCUGGAAACCCCCGUUUACAGAUGUCGUGCAACCGCUUUUGUUUCAACCCAGCCAUAAAACGAAGUGGCUGAUGUCCAAGAUGAGCUUUGGCAAGACGGUGGGCGGAGGGGGCGACGCCAGCAGAUGUCCCAGCUACACGGUACCGUGCGACAACUACGUCCACGCGGUGGAGUUCAGUCCCUUCGCUUCCGGCACGCCCGCCUCUCUGCUGGCCUACAGCUGCAACCAGUACGUGGUGGUGGCCACCUGCCUAUUCCAGGCGAGUCAUCGGCACCGAGCGACGAUAUUCGUCGUUGUCGGUUUAAUUUCGAAAACGAGGAGGACAUGAACGUGGAGGGAGUGGAGUUCAACGUUGUCCGUGCGUUUCUUCACGAACUGCCAGUGGAUGCGCUCGCCUGGAGCCCAGAGUCCCAUCUGGACCGGAUUCCCAUGAUCAGAGUUUGCACGGCGGCCCCCGACGGUAAAAUUAGACUGUUGACGUCGGACCUUCAGGAUCGACUCGAGGUCAAGGAGAUGGAGGGCCACGGCGGCUACGUUAAUCAUUUGGUGUUCGAGCCCAGCGAAGGGAAGCAAAUCGCUUCCGUUGGAGAUGACCACACAUGCAGGGUGUGGGACCUGGACGGCAAUGAAAGCGCCACGUUCCGACUCUGUUCUCCUGGCAUCAGCGUGUGCUGGCACCCGGAGGAAAUCUUCCAGCUGAUGGUGGCGGAGAAGAAGGGCACUGUCCGUUUCUACGAUUUAGUGAGCCAGCAGGCCAUCCUGUCGCUGGACUGCGGUCAGUCGCCGCUAAGCGCCGCCGACUGGUGCCUGGCCAACACCGUCAAAGUGGGCGCGGUGGCGGGCGGCGACUGGAUCAUCUGGGACAUCACCCGCUCCAGCUACCCGCAAGAAAAAAGGCCGGCGCACAGAGAUAAAGCCCAGCAGUUCAAGUGGUCCCGAGUCCAAGAAAAUCUUUUCGCCACCACCGGAUGUCUCGGGAAGGUCAACAGUCAGCUUUUGAUCCACCAUCUUGGCCACCCGCAACCCGUGACGGUGGGCUCGGUGACGGUGGGUUCGGGCCUGAGCUGGCACCGCACGCUCCCGCUGUGCGUGAUGGGAGGCGACCGAAAACUUUGCUUCUGGAUGACGGAGAUGUAGCGGGAAGCGCGUGCUCUCGCCUGUGCUGCUGUUCUUGUCACGGAUUCAAUAAAAUAUUUUUUCUAAGUA